GGGGUGAACGGUGAACCGGGUUUUAGAGGAGGGAGAGGGUAGGGUCAAGGGUGGCAGGUGGACGACCACGGGGAUGCAGCGCUGAGUGGGAAGAGCAGGUGUGCGUGGGUGGCAGGUUGCAUCUGCGGGACGCCCUGGUCCAUGAGGACGGCCAAGUCAGGGGUCUGCUGGACACCCGGGUGUGGGGGAGGCACUGCGGAGUGGGGAGAGCUCAAAGCUACAGGGGCUGAAAAGAGAAGAGGUUCCCAGACGAAUAAGAGGGUCCUGAGAAGGGAGGGGGCCCAGUAGUCUGGGCUGGGCAGCUCUGGAGAAACCACAGUGGUGGCCCAGGUGUGAGAGGACCUGUGUGGCCACCCAAGGUCCGGGUGAAACCCAGCAGCCUAGGGUGAAGGAGUGCUCAUUGCUGCCCUCUUCUGGGGGGGAGCCAGAAAACAUGCCCAGCCUUGAGAGUGGGCUGUUCCCAAUGCAGCUGGACACCCCCAGGCCGGUUAGCCUAUGGAGACCAGAGGGUGGAGACCAAAUGGUUCUGCUGGCUGGGCAAACCCACGGGUUGCGGGGCCCUGGAGCCUUGUGCUUGGGCAGGAGACUAGCCCCCAGGCGCCCAGCUCCUUCCACCCAGAAGCUGCCUCCAGGGUCCCACAAGCACAUGGCAGUGGUUCCCUGCCCUGCUGCAGCUGAUGCUGCAAUUUGGCCUUUUCUGGGCAUCUUGCCCAUCGCCCCUGCCAGCCCUGUCUCCCUGACCAGACUGUGUGAAGCAGAGAGUGCUGGUGCCUAGUUCUGGAAGUCUCAAAAACAACCUGAUAGUGUCUACGUCAGUACGGUAUCCCAGGCACUGAAGGCAAAGCCCACAGUGUGCCACCUCCUCUUGGCCUUGCGAGCCCCCAGGGCGCCAGGCCUUGCUGCUGGACGCUGACCCCAGAUCCGGCCUGAGUGGCUGCCGGCCUGGGCAUCCCUUACCUGCUUCACUUCUUGGUGGGCCACGCUGGAACACCGGGUGACUUGCCGAGGUAGCCAGCAGCGUUGGGCUCCCACAGAAUUGCGUGCUCGGGCCAUGGGAGGGGCCCUUCCACCAGGGGGCCACCACAGGCUUGCCUGGUGAGGGUUGAGGGCUGCGGGCCACAGCCUCCAUUGUUCUCUGCCGAAGCAGCCUAGUGGUCACAGACAUUCCGACUUCCUGUCCUUCAAUAUUCUCCACUCCCUUUUUCCACUCUUUCCAGAUGGAGUCCCAUGGAGACACACUUCAGGAACUUUAAACUGAAGGAUGUAAAACCCACUUCAUUUGAGUGAGCCCAGUGCACACAGGUCCCCAGCGUCGCCCCAGAGCAGUGGGUCAGGGCAGGGUACUCACCUGGACCCCGGGCCCGGCGAGGGUGAGGCUGGGACAGGUGCUCCUUUCUCUUCUUCUGCAGAGGAUGAAAUGGGCUGACCGUCAGAAUGCAGGGGGCUGGGGGAUUUCUUCAAAUGCAUGUGUGUGUGGGCGUUGAGUCCAAGGUUUCUGAGUUAAUUGGCCUGCAGAAGGGUUGCCCUAGACUUAUCAGCGGUGUUCCUGGUACAGUGAAGUCUCUCCAACCUCUGGGCCGAUGGUGAACCCCAGUCACAGAAGGGAUCGCACACCCGGGCCACGGACACUCCUUUGCACUUGGCUCCUGGGCUCGGAGUGACAGCAAGUGUGUUGGAAUCACUGUCCCCGGGAGGUGAUAUCUGUCUUUCUGGUCACCCUGCUGAAGAUAAUGGAUUUAGAUCAGUUGGACCUGAAUCCCAGAAUUAUUGCUGCAGUGAAGAAAGCCAAACUGAAAUCAGUAAAGGAGGUUCUGCGUUUUUCUGGGCCAGACCUGCAGAGAGUGACCAGCCUCUCGGGCCCUGAUGUGCAGUACUUGCUGAGAACAGCCUCCUCACACCUACGGGGGAGCAGCAUGUCCACAGCGCUCCACCUGUACCAGCAGAAGGAGCGGUUCCCUGAGCAGCACCAGCGCCUCAGCCUGGGCUGCCCCGUGCUGGACAGGCUCCUCCGCGGCGGGCUGCCCCUGGACGGCAUCACCGAGCUGGCCGGCUGCAGCUCUGCCGGGAAGACCCAGCUGGCGCUGCAGCUCUGCCUGGCGGUGCAGUUCCCACAGCGCCACGGAGGCCUGGAGGCCGGGGCCGUGUACGUCUGCACGGAGGACGCCUUCCCCAGCCGGCGUCUUCAGCAGCUCAUCGCUCAGCAGCAGCGCCUGCGGGCAGACGUCCCCGAGCACGUGGUCGAGAAGAUCAAGUUUGGCAACCAGAUCUUCAUUGAGCACGCAGCCGACGUGGACACCCUGCUGGGCUGCAUGAGGAAGAGGGUGCCAGUGCUGCUGUCGCGGGGCAUGGCCCGCCUGGUGGUCGUGGACUCUGUGGCAGCCCCGUUCCGCUGUGAGUUUGACGGUGCGGCUUCGGCCCACAGGGCCCAGUGUCUGCAAGUGCUGGGAGCUGAGCUGCGCCGGCUGAGCUGCACCUUCCGGAGCCCCAUACUGUGCAUUAACCAGGUGACGGAGGCCACAGAGGAGCAGGGAGCGGCUGCCGGGCUGCCUGGUGCCAGGGGAGAGCGGGUGUGUCCAGCCCUUGGGAUAACCUGGUCCAACCAGCUCCUGAUGCGGCUGAUGGUCGACCGUCAGCGCCCUGAAGAGGCUGUCCUGGCCCCACCCAGCCGCACCUUGAGGGUGGUCUUCGCCCCCCACCUGCCGCCCUCGUCCUGUUCCUACACAGUCACCUCCAUGGGUGUGCGAGGGACGCCUGGGACCAAGUCCUGCUGACGUGGGGACUACAGAUGACCAGCCACAUCCCAAGAAAACCUACCAGCCCACUCAGCGUGCCCAUCACCGCGUUAGGGUCUCCUCAUCCCACGCCACCCCACCUGGGGGCUGCUCCUCCCUCUGGUUUCGAGAUGCGCCCGGCUCUUAGGCCACGAACCCAUGCCCCCACUGCUGCGCUGGCUGCUCUGGUGUCUCCACAAUGAGUUCCUGGAACAUCCAGCCUCUCAAAGAGCAGUUUUCUCCAUCCUGUGCCUGGGAUUGGGGCCCACAGCCUUCUCGGGCCCACGUCCCUGCCCAACAAGCUCUCCACCUCGCCCCCACAGGCUCCUCCCUUCUUCCCGUCUGGUGCCUCUGUCCAAAAGCUCCCAACACCAACACCUUGGGCCACAGUGGGCCAAGGUCAGAUGCGCCCCCACUGACAUCCUCACCCCCUUGUCGGGGUGUAGCUCCUGGCCCCCAGCACACAUCCCAUGGCCAAACUUUGGUUUGGCACAGGGUGGAGAGAACACACCUGCAGGAUGCAGGGUCCAGGGGAGGAGAUGGGGGUGGGGUAAAGCUGUUACUUCUGCGUUUGCCUCUGCCACCAGCCACAGCUGGAGGAAGGAGGAAGGUGGCUUGGCCCACCUGCUAGGAAACCCGUUCUGGGCGAACGAGAACCUUAUUCUGAAAAGAGCACAUCCCGGUGUCUCCUCAGUGCCUCCUCCAAGCCUGGCCUUAGUGGCUAAGACAGCCAUCAGCCCUGGCCUGGGGGGCGUCCAUGCCAACAAGGCCACCUGCAGAGACCAGCACCCCUACCUGGCCAGGGGCUUACUGCAUAGGAAGCCAGAUCUCCUGUCAGCACAGGGUCCAGCCACAUCUGGCUACAAACUCCAGAAUCUGAACAUCUGCUCUUGGAAACGUGAGGCUCAGAGAUCACAGAGGGACAUGACUGCCCAGGGCAGGCAGGGCUGCGUCCGUUUUCACCCCGACCAUCGCCAUGUCUGCACAUCUCCACCUGUUGCCCGGCCCAGAGCAGGCCCUGGACAGAUAAACAUGUGAAGUGAAGGUGCCUGCUCUCUGCAGGCGCUGCCCCAAAUACAUCAUCCAGGUGGACACCUGUCCUCGUCAACAGCCCUUGGAGACGGCACUGUUACUACGGCUCUCAGCCUUGACCUGGCCGUCCUCCCGCAGCCCAUAAGCCGGUGAUGACCCCAGAUCACCCGGGGCCAGCGCUGGAGGUGGGGCUGUAAAUCCCUGUCACCAGGCAGACUGCACAUUUUUCUAGGGCACGAUGAUCCAUUUACAACUUCCAUUGUGUUUCCAGAGUAGUCUGUGGCCCUAAAAAGAUUGAGUGGCUAGUUCUUAAAUAGGAAAAAGUUCUUUGAGGGUUGGAGUUUUACAAAGAGCCUUUUUGCAAAAGUACAGGGACAUUACAACAAGAAAUAAAACACUUUAUUUUUGUAAUUAAA